AUGAUCCUACAAGCUUUGAUUUCUUCAUCAACAAAAAGUAAUUUCAAAUUACGCAAUAAAAACCAACAAGGAUUGGAAGAAAUGGAUUUAUCAAAUGGUAUAACCAUGAAUAAUGAUCUAGAAUCUUGGUCAUUUAAUCGUAAAUUUUUAAUUAACGCAGCUUUGUCACCAAGUUUUUUAAAAAGUUUCACAAUUAAUUUGGUCAAAGAAAACUAUUUUGAGAUGAAAAAUUAUUGGUAUAAACUAAAUUCAGAAUAUAAAAAGGUAAACACUGGCAAAGGAAAUGGUGGUGAUGAUGAUUAUAUUAUAGAUAUAUCUUCUUGGCAAGAGCCUUCAGUCACUAUAAUAAGAGAAAGUAAUAAUACAAUAAUGAGAAGGGAGGAGUUUUCUGAUGCGGUAAAUGGUGGUCCUAAGAAGUCAAGUUGGAUAUGGAACUUGAUGGAAGAAACUGAAAUUGUAAAAAAUGGAGAAAAAUCUAAAGGAGCUAUUUAUUUGUCAAGUUAA